UUGACUCAAGAAUACUAUAAGAGAGUGACAAACUAGCUCACACCAAUUUAUUACUACUUCUAAUUAAAGCUCCUUCUCAUUGGCUUCUAGGAUCUGCUUUUACUACUUCUCAACUUUCUUCUACUGUCCACAAAUUACCAACUUCGCAAACGUCAACAGCAGAUUCAUUUUAGAUAUGAAGUUCUUUAACUGGAUGCAUAAUAAGUUAAAUGGGGGACAAGGAAGCAAAAAACCUAAUGCAGUUCCUAUCACAAAUCAAACAAAUGAAGAGUUUAAAGAUUGGCCAGAUUCGUUAUUGGCAAUUGGAACUUUUGGCAACAAGAGCAGUGAUCUCGAAGAAAGUAGACCAAAAACACACGUACAAAAUGAUCAUCAUCACGAGGACGAAAUCCUAGAGAAUUCACCAGAUUUAGCAGAAUUCACACCUGAAGAAGUUGGCAAAUUACAAAAAGAAUUAACAAAAUUAUUAUCCCGAAAACCGGCUGAUGAUAUUCUUCCAUUGGACAGAUUUCUUAAUUGUCCGUCAAGUUUGGAAGUUGAUCGCAGGAUUAGUUCCAGCAGUACUAAUUCAGACAAUUUUGAUUAUGACGAGGAAGAAAUUGACAGAACUAUAAGAGUGAUUAUAGGAAGAUGCAAAGAUGUCUGUAGUAAGCAGAACAAAAAGAAAGCAAUUGGGAAGAAAUCUAUUUCUUUUCUUCUCAAGAAAAUGUUCGCUUGUGCAAGUGGUAAUUUUGGUCCACCUCCUACUUUCCCAGAUCCAUUUCACGAAUCAAGAAUGGAGAAGCUUUUGAGGACAAUGCUUUCCAAGAAAAUAAACCCUCAAAAUGCCUCUCGGACAUCAACAAAGAGAUAUUUAGAGGACAAACAACCAAAAAAGGAAGAGCAAGAAGAGAAAAAACGAGAGAAAACCUGUAAUGAUGGAUCUAAAUGGGUGAAAACUGAUUCUGAAUUUAUCGUCUUGGAGAUGUAGAUAAACUUUUCUGUUGUUCCGUUUGCAAGGAAGGCCAACAUAUUAGGAUACUAUCAAACUUUUGAGAGAAAAUGGUCAAAUUUACCCAUGUACUUGAGGAACUUUGCUCUCCGUUAAACUUUUAGUCUAACAUCAUCCUUGUCAUUAGGAAAAAGUCUCAGUUUUGUCCUUGAGCCCUAACAAGUGAGGCAAAUAUGAGACGUUUUACUAACUGGCAGGGUAAUGUUAAGGUCAAAAUUUUAACAGGGGACAAAAUUACUCAAUUUUAAAUAGUACAAGAAUAAAUUUGGAGUUUUUUCCACCAUCCUAUUUUUUUUAUAACCAUGUUUUGGUUUUUUCUAAAGAAACUACUUUCUUGUGA